CGCCAUUGCCGCCAUAUGUUUCGUCGGCUCUGUCAUUAUUCGCCUUUGACAGUCACAUUGACAUUUCAAGUUCGCUUUUUCCAUCGGUAAAUGAUUUUUAGUUUUUAAGACUGUUUUAAGAACGAAACAUGCAGUCCACACUUUGGAACGUUGUUACAAACUCUGUCAAGCCAAAAAAUGUCGCCUUUAGCAAAAGAAUCCUAGAAACAUUACCAAGUCGCUUAUACUCUACAACCCAUGAUGCCGAUCUUGUAGUCAUCGGUUCUGGACCUGGAGGUUAUGUGGCAGCAAUUAAAGCUGCUCAAUUGGGAAUGAAGGUUGUAAGUGUAGAAAAAGACCCCACCUUGGGAGGAACCUGUCUUAAUGUAGGAUGUAUACCUUCAAAAGCUUUAUUGAAUAACUCACAUUAUUACCAUAUGGCACAUUCUGGCGAUUUGGCUGAAAGAGGAAUAGAAACUGGCGAUGUAAAACUUAACCUGGAAAAACUAAUGAAACAAAAAUCUAAUGCUGUCACAGCUUUAACUGGUGGUAUUGCUGGCUUGUUUAAGAAAAAUAAGAUCACACUUGUCAAAGGCCAUGGUAAAAUCACCGGAGUUAAUCAAGUUACCGCCAUGUCUGCCGAUGGAGGCUCAGAAAUCAUCAACAGCAAAAAUAUCUUGAUUGCUACAGGAUCGGAAGUAACUCCAUUUCCUGGAAUUCCAAUUGAUGAAGAACAAAUUGUGUCAUCCACUGGAGCAUUAUCACUUAAAGAAGUACCAAAGAGGCUUAUUGUAAUUGGCGCAGGCGUCAUUGGUCUAGAAUUGGGUUCAGUAUGGUCCAGAUUGGGCUCUGAAGUAACUGCUAUUGAAUUUUUGCCCUCCAUUGGAGGUGUGGGUAUCGAUCAGGAAGUUGCCAAGGGCUUGCAGAAAAUAUUAACCAAACAAGGACUCAAAUUUAAAUUGGGAAACAAAGUAAUGGGUGCUGAAAAAUCCGGAGGUAUUGUCAAAGUAUCUGUGGAAGAUGCCAAGGACUCCAGCAAAACAGAAACUAUGGAGUGCGAAGUUUUGUUGGUAUGCGUCGGUAGAAGGCCAUACACAGAAAACUUGGGCUUGGAAGAAUUGGGCAUUGAAAAAGACCAAAAAGGAAGAAUCCCCGUCAACGCAGUUUUCCAGACGGUUAUUCCAAACAUCUACGCUAUCGGCGAUUGUAUUCACGGACCUAUGUUGGCCCACAAGGCUGAAGAUGAAGGUAUUGUAUGCGUCGAAGGCAUAAAGGGAGGACCAGUACAUAUCGACUACAACUGCGUGCCCUCCGUCAUCUACACGCACCCCGAAGUCGGCUGGGUCGGUCGCACCGAAGAAGACCUGAAAGCUGAAGGCGUUGAAUACAAGGUUGGUAAAUUCCCCUUCUUGGCCAACAGCAGAGCGAAAACCAACAACGAGACCGACGGUUUCGUUAAAGUGCUCUCCGAUAAAAGCACCGACAGGAUUUUGGGCACCCACAUCAUCGGGCCAUCGGCCGGAGAACUCAUCAACGAGGCCGUGCUCGCGCAGGAAUACGGCGCAUCCGCUGAAGACGUUGCCAGAGUGUGCCAUGCCCAUCCCACGUGCGCAGAAGCUCUUAGGGAGGCCAACGUUGCCGCGGCUUUCGGCAAACCAAUCAACUUUUAAGUGAUGUCAAAGAUAUUUUUUUAUGUUAUGCCGUUCAUGAACACGGUACUUAUUUAUUAUAUAAGAUUAAACGAUUGCUUAGGUGAUUUAAUAACUGCCGACUUUUUAAGAUGUACUUCUUGGGCAAAUAUAAACCAACGUUGUUACCAAACCGAUUGUUUUUUUAGGUCUUGUUAAAUAUCAAGUAUUUUUGUGUCUUCACAAAAUUUAAUAUUCCUUAUUUUAAACGCAAUAAUUAUUUUAACGAUAAGUACAAAAAUAAACCUGCGAAAAUCCGAAAAA